AUGAUACAGUCGUUGAAAUAUGCCGCGAGUAAGGCUAUUCGUGGAUCAGCUCUUAUAGCUCGCGACAAACUUAUUAAAAGCUAUAGUCAAAGCACGAAGUCUUAUCCUGAAAAGAUAACUCUAGAUAGAAAUACUUUCAAGACUGACGAGUGGACCAAUGUUCCUUCAUUUAUCUUAGAGUUAACUGAGAGGAAGUUGCACCUCGACAAAAAUCACCCAAUUGGCAUCUUGAGAGAACUAAUUGAACAUAAUUUCAAUGGAUUAGGGUAUACCUUCUACAAUGAUUUCAAGCCAUGCGUAACGACAUAUGAGAAUUUUGACGUCUUGGGGUUCCCUCAAGAUCACCCGGGAAGAUCGAAGUCAGAUACAUAUUAUGUGAAUAAGGAUCAUCUUUUGAGAACUCACACCUCCGCACACGAACACGAAUGUUUCCAGACAUGUACAACACCUGGGUAUUUCAUUACCGCCGAUGUAUAUAGGAAAGAUGAAAUCGACAGGACCCAUUAUCCCGCUUUUCACCAAAUGGAAGGUGCUCGGUUAUGGUCUCAGAACCAGCCUAAUCUAGCUCAGCAAAUUUUGCAUGAUAUUGAUGCUAUUCCUAAAACAAAUAUCAUAGUAGAUGAUCCUUUCAGGGAUGUGCCCUUUAAUUCCGAGAAUCCAAAGCAGGACUACAUGUCAAAUGAAGAGGUAAGACUUAUAAGUAUUCAUCUCAAAAAGACUAUAGAAUAUAUGGUAAAUCUCGUCUUUGAAGCUGCUAAAGAGUCGGCUCUCUCAGCAGGCUCGACUGACCCGCUGUUGAAAGAACCAUUGAAGAUUCGUUGGGUCGAAGCUUUUUUCCCAUGGACUUCGCCUUCUUGGGAGAUCGAAGUCUGGUGGAAGGGUGAAUGGCUCGAAUGCUGUGGUUGUGGAUUAGUCCAGCAGCAAGUAUUAAAAAAUUCUGGGUUGCCAAAUGACAAGUUGGGCUGGGCUUUUGGAUUGGGAUUAGAUCGGAUUGCUAUGAUUUUGUUUGGAAUCCCCGAUAUUAGACUCUUCUGGACAUUAGAUGAGAGAUUUACGAAACAGUUUCUGCAAGGAAAGAUUCUGACAUUUGUUCCUUACUCAAAGUAUCCAGGAAUAAAGAGGGAUGUUUCUUUCUGGUUGAUUGAUGGCAACUCGUUGCAUGCUAAUGAAGUGAUGGAAAUCGUUCGUCAUCGAGGUGGUGAUUUGGUUGAAAAUGUCGAAUUAAUUGAUCAAUUUAUUCAUCCUAAAUCUAAAAAGCAUUCCCAAUGUUAUAGAGUUCACUAUCAAUCUAUGGAUAGAAACCUUACAAAUAAUGAAGUUAACACCAUACAUAAGAACGUAGAGGAUGAUCUAGUCAAAUAUUUUGACGUUGAAAUUCGUUGA